ACCCAUAAUUCUAUGAGUCCUGAUUGGUGGAAACUCUGUCACACUCCCCCUAUCGAGCCCACGAUUCCCGCCAUUCGACCUCCGAACGUCGUUCGAAACAGUUCAGACGUGGCAGGAGGAGAAGCAGCAUUAAGUUGUGAAGAAACUGAAGGCAGAGGCAAAUAAAAAAUGGCUGAAGCUCACGUUGCAGUAGCUUUCAGCUUCGCCAUAACCCAUGAGGGUGUAAAUAUAAACUACGACAGAGAAGUUUUGAAUUUAGUAUGGAACAGUGGAUUACGAUCAUGGAAGAAAAGGAUAGCACGUUUUAUGAACAAUAUCCACAGUGGUAUCUACCCAGCAUCUCUGUCUAGUCUGUUCAUUCUUAUUGCCUUAGUGACUUCUCUGUUUAUGGCAAAUGUUGAUGUAUCUUUUGGUGGAAUACAUCAACUGGAGCAUUACAUACCAGGAGAGUCCUUAGCACCCUUUACAGUUCAGUUGGCGGCAUGUGUUGCUUACAGUUUUUGUCUGUGGGUCACAACCAUUUUGUUUUUACGGUAUACGUUAAAGCUUCUUCUCAUGUAUAAAGGAUGGAUGUAUGAAGGACGUCUUAGAAAGACCUCCCUUAAAACAUAUAUCUGGGCAGCUCUUGUGCGAACUUUAACUGCAAAAAGGCGUCCCAUGUUGUAUUCCUUUCAAAGUUCUUUGCCUCGAUUGCCUCUGCCUUCACUUGAGGAAACUAUGGAACGGUAUUUAUGUACAGUUCGUCCUUUAUUAAAUGAUGAAAGAUAUGAGAAGAUGAAACAAAUGACUUAUGAAUUUCAAAAUGGUGUUGGAAAAAAAUUGCAGCUUUAUUUGUGGUUGAAAUCCUGGUGGUCCUCUAAUUACGUUACUGAUUGGUGGGAGGAUUAUGUAUAUUUAAGUGGACGUGCACCUUUGUUAGUCUACAGUAAUUGCUAUGGCUUAGAUUACAUGCCACUUCCUACAACAAAUCAAGUAGCAAGAGCUGCCAAUUUCAUCUAUGCUGCAUUAACCUUCCGAAAACUUCUCAAUACACAGACCUUGAAACCAGUAACAAUUCAAAACUUCAUUCCAUUGUGUGCUUGGCAAUAUGAACGAAUGUUUAAUACUACUCGUGUUCCUGAUGUAGAGAAAGAUCGUGUUGUGCAUUUAUCUGACUCUCAACAUAUUGCUGUCUAUCAUAGAGGAAGAUACUACAAAGUAAUGCUCUAUAAUAACAGGCGUCUGUUAAAGCCAGUAGAGUUGCAAUGGCAGCUUCAACAAAUUUUGGAUGAUACUAGUGUUCCAGCUCCUGGAGAACACCACCUUGCAGCUCUCACUGCUAAUCACAGAACAGUAUGGGCAAAUGCCAGAACAACUUAUUUUAAUAAAGGAUUAAACAAGGCAUCUCUUAAAGCUAUAGAAGAUGCUGCAUUUUUCUUGGUGCUAUAUGAUGAAGAAUUAGAUUUUGAUGCAAAUGAUCCUUCAAAAUUAAACAAAUUUUCUCAAGCUGUUCUUCAUGGAAAAGGUUACAAUUUAUGGUUGGACAAGUCAUUUAAUAUUGUUGUAUCCAAAAAUGGUCGAUUGGGAUGCAACUGUGAACAUUCAUGGUGCGAUUCUCCUAUAAUGUCCCAUUUUUGGGAAUUUUGUAUUGGAAUGGAAGUAACCCAAUUAAAGUAUACAGAAGAUGGUAAUACUGUUGGUGAGCUUGAAGAUUUACCACCUGUUCCCAGCAGGCUAAAAUGGGAUCUACAUCCUGAGUGCCUCGACUUGGUAAGAUCUUCAACACUAAUUGCUUCAGAUAUCAUUGCUGAAGUAGAUCUGCAAGUUCUUUAUCAUUCUGACUAUGGAAAAAACUUUAUCAAAAAGUGCAAAGUUAGUCCAGAUGCAUUUGUCCAAAUGGUGUUACAGCUUGCAUAUUACAGAGAUGCUGGUUGUUUCAAUCUCACUUAUGAAGCAGCAAUGAUGCGGCUAUUCAGAGAAGGACGCACAGAAACUGUUAGACCAGUAACUAUGGAAUCUUGUGACUUUGUUUUGAGUGUAGAUAAUCCUGAUUUACCAGCAAAAGAAAAAUUAGCCCUCCUUCAAAGAGCUUGUCAAAAACACCAAGAAUCUUAUAUAAAUGCUAUGUGUGGCAAGGGUGUAGAUAGGCAUAUAUUUUGUUUAUAUGUUCUUUCUAAACACUUGGAUGUUAAGUCUCCUUUCCUUAAAGAAGUGCUAGGGGAACCAUGGAGACUUUCCACUAGUCAAACACCUCACAACCAAGCUGGAAUAUUAGACACAAAGAAAUUUCCUGAAUAUGUGUGCUUGGGUGGAGGUUUUGGGCCGGUGGCAAAUGAUGGUUAUGGUGUAUCAUAUGACAUAGCUUCUGAGGAUGUUAUGUUUUUCCACAUUUCUAGCAAGCGAACAUCACCUGAAACUGAUACUUCCCGCUUCAUCGGACUCUUGGAAAAAUCACUUCAAGAUGUGAAACAAAUAUUCUUCGACUCCCAAUCAUAAGCUGCUUGCAAAUCUGAGUUUCCACCGAGUUCAUUUAUGACUUCCAUUAUUUACAUACUUAAAGUGAACUGCAUUUAAGCACACUGACAUUUGCCUCAUGAAUGCAUUGUGUAGGCUUAUGUUUUUUAUACCAACACUUAAUUCCUAGAAGCAAUUAUAUUUUUAAUGAAUUAUAAUUUGUUUCUAACACUUAAAGCUUCUGUACUUAGAAACUUUCCAUAUUAUUCUAUUUCUCAAGAUAUCAUUCUAUCACUGUGUGUAAACAUGAAAUAGAUUUACUCUAUAAUUCUUUUCAAGAAAUAAUUCUUAUUGUAUAUCUGAGAAUGUGCCUCUUUAAGUAAAUCAUGUGAAAGUUAAUGCCUCUAAUGUGUAUUGAGAUUCUUUAACCAUCUAUGUAAAUUUCCAUUGUUAAGUAAACAGAAAGUUCCUCUAUUUUUACCCUUAAUUAUUUUACAUUUUCUUUUAAAAGUACUAGGUUAUUUAAUAAAAUUAUUCUAAAUAAAUAGAUGUGACUGUAAAUUAGUGUACAGAAAAUGAUAUUUAAAUUUUAUUUUAUUGAACCAGCAAUGUUAUGCUGCAAUUCAAUGAAAUUUGAUAUUUUUUAUCUUCUAACUACUUAGUAUUUUAGGAUUGAAAGCAUCAAUAUUUGUUUUAAACAAGGCAUCAAGAUUUUAUUGCUGUAUUUUAUGCUUUUCUUUCUGUUAUAAUAAAUAAAUUUAAACUUCCUUUUCCCUUAUAUUUGGACUUGAGAUUUAUAUUGAUGUUAAUUUACCUUUGUAGUAAGAUUCAAGUUUUGUAUAUGGUUUAAAAUCUUCCCUUUUUUUUUCAAAAUAAUGUGGAUUUAUUUUCUUAUAAAUUUAUUUUUUGAAGAAUUUUAUUUUGAUUAUAAUUACAAAACAGUUAUAGAAGAUGGUAUGAAUUAUUGAUAAAUUAAAUAUGUAUAUAUAUAGUGAACAUGUAA